GCGGGGCCGCGGCGGGGCGGGCGGGCGCGCGGGCCCGCGGGGCGGCGCGUGGAUGGAUCCGCGCGUGGCCUGGAUCCAGCCCGAGCAGAAGGGGCCGGCCAAUGCCCUGUGGAUGCAGAUCUGGGAGACCUCGCAGGGCGUGGGCCGCGGCGGCUCGGGCUUCGCGUCCUACUUCUGCCUCAACUCGCCCGCGCUGGACACGGCGGCCGCGGCGGGGGCGGCGGGGCUGGGCGGCGGCGGCGGCCUGGCCGGGCCCGCGCUGCCCGCCGCGUCGCCCCCGUCGCCCGUGCCCGGCCCCACCGCACUGCCCCCCGCGUUGCUGACGGCGCUGGGGCCCGCGGCCGAGGGCGCCCGGCGCCUGCACAAGUCGCCGUCGCUGUCGUCGUCGUCGUCGUCCUCGUCCAACGCCGAGUCGGGCACCGAGAGCCCCGGCUGCUCGUCGUCGUCCUCGAGCAGCGCCUCGCUCGGCCGGGCGGGCGGCGGCCGCGGCGGCGGCGCCUUCUUCCACUUCGCCGACGGCCCGCCGAGCGCCCCGGGCGCGGCCAACGGGCACCCGGGGCCGCGCGGUCCCGCGCCCGCCGGCUCCCCGCCGCAGCACCAGUUCCACCCGGGCCGCCGGAAACGCGAGAACAAGGCCAGCACCUACGGCCUCAACUACCUGCUGUCGGGCAGCCGCGCGGCCGCACUGAGCGGAGGGGGCGGCCCCGGGCCCCAGGCGCCGCGGCCCGGCACGCCGUGGAAGAGCCGCGCGUACAGCCCGGGCAUCCAGGGACUUCAUGAGGAAAUAAUUGACUUUUAUAACUUCAUGUCCCCUUGUCCUGAAGAAGCAGCCAUGAGACGGGAGGUGGUGAAACGGAUCGAAACGGUGGUUAAGGACCUCUGGCCAGCAGCUGAUGUACAGAUAUUCGGCAGCUUUAGUACAGGCCUCUAUCUUCCCACGAGCGACAUCGACUUAGUGGUCUUUGGGAAAUGGGAGCGCCCUCCUCUGCAGCUGUUGGAGCAGGCCCUGCGGAAGCACAACGUGGCUGAGCCGUGCUCCAUCAAAGUCCUUGACAAAGCGACGGUACCGAUAAUAAAGCUCACAGACCAGGAGACUGAAGUUAAAGUCGACAUCAGCUUUAACAUGGAGACUGGGGUCCGGGCAGCGGAGCUCAUCAAGAAUUACAUGAAGAAAUAUUCAUUGCUGCCUUACUUGAUUUUAGUAUUGAAACAGUUCCUCCUGCAGAGGGACCUGAAUGAAGUUUUUACAGGUGGAAUUAGCUCAUACAGCCUAAUUUUAAUGGCCAUUAGCUUUCUACAGUUGCAUCCAAGAAUUGAUGCCCGGAGAGCUGAUGAAAACCUUGGAAUGCUUCUUGUAGAAUUUUUUGAACUCUACGGAAGAAAUUUUAAUUACUUGAAAACUGGUAUUAGAAUAAAAGAAGGAGGUGCCUAUAUCGCCAAAGAAGAGAUCAUGAAAGCCAUGACCAGUGGGUACAGACCAUCGAUGCUGUGCAUUGAGGACCCUCUGCUGCCAGGAAAUGACGUGGGCCGCAGUUCCUAUGGGGCCAUGCAGGUGAAGCAGGUGUUUGACUAUGCCUACAUUGUUCUCAGUCAUGCCGUGUCGCCCCUCGCGAGGUCCUAUCCAAACAGAGACUCGGAAAGCACUCUGGGAAGAAUCAUCAAGGUCACUCAGGAGGUGAUUGACUACCGGAGGUGGAUCAAGGAGAAGUGGGGCGGCAAGGCUCCCCCCGCGCCCGAGCCUGACGACAGAAUUAAGAUAAAGGAGCGAAUCAGCGCGUGUGACGGGGACCAGCCGCAGCGCCGGGACCCAGAGUCCGCCUACAGCCAGCGCCUGACCCUGUCUCUGCCCAGCCCCCAGCUGCUCUCGUCCGGCUCCUCCACCUCCUCCGUGUCCUCGCUGUCGGGAAGCGACAUUGAUUCCGACACGCCGCCCUGCGUGACGCCCAGCGUCUACCAGUUCAGCCUGCAGGCGCCCACCCCCCUGCUGGCCAGCCUGCCCACCGCCUUGCCGAUGACGAGCGGCAAAGCCCAGCCCGCCACCUCCAGGACGCUGGUCGUGACAACUAACACUCAGACCAGGUUCACGAUACCUCCACCGACCCUCGGGGUGGCCCCUGUCGCUUGCAGACAGGUUGGCGUCGAAGGAGCUCCAGCGUUGAAAGCCGUUCACCACAUGUCUUCCCCGGCCAUUCCGUCCGCGUCUCCCAACCCGCUCUCGAGUCCUCACCUGUAUCACAAGCAGCACAGUGGCAUGAAACUGUCCAUGAAAGGCUCGCACAGCCACGGCCAGGGCGGCACGUACGGCUCCGUGGGCAGCGGAGGCGUGCGGCCCCCUGUGGGCAACCGGGGCCACCACCAGUACAACCGCACCGGCUGGAGGAGGAAAAAACACACACACACGAGGGACAGCCUGCCUGUCAGUCUGAGCAGAUAAUGGCCCCGACGGCGCCUCCCGGCCCCUGCUCUCCGCAGACUCACGCCGGGCGGCCUCGCGCCCGGCCGGGAACUGAGACCAGCAUCCAGCACGUGGGCCGGGCCCCUCGGGGCGCCCGCCGCCGCUCACUCUGCAUGUUCCUCGUGUGGUGGUCGCGUCCAUCUUCAAGAACAGCUCCCUGUGCUCGUCUGUGAAGCCUUACUCGGCGCGGACGCUGUCCUCCGCCUGCCCGGGCGUCUCCCUCGGCGCCUGGGCGGGCCUGGACGGGGCCUGCAGGACACGACGUCGGCCUCGGCGCUCCUCGGCAGCGGGUCUGGCUCCCUCGCGGUGC